UUUGUAAUCAAAUACAAUCGAUUUCUAUCGGGAUGUUUUAUACAAAUAUUUAAUAGACUUUAAUGCAUUUCAAUCGCAAUCACUGUUUUAUCGACUUUAAUGCCAAUGAUUGUCAAAUAUUGUAAUCGACUUUUAGACACACUCUUUGUAAUCAAAUUUAAUCGAUGUCUAUCGCGAAGUUUUAUACAAAUAUUAAAUGUACUUUAACACAUUUUAAUCCGAAAUGCUUUUUUAUCGACUAUAUUGCUACAUAUUGUGGUUCAAAUCAACCCGAUUUUACAGGUUUUUAUAACUUCUAAUUGAAUGAACUUUAAUGACAAUAAUUGUCAUGUAUUUUAAUCGACUUUUAUGGCAAGUGAAUUGAAAUGCAAUCAAUCCACUAUACUACUGUGAAUAGUGUCGCAUGAAUUUGUUUCGUGUGCGGGACUUACACUAAGCUAUUGCAUUGCAUCAGAUUUUUCUGCGCGUGUAUGUAGUGUUUGUUCUUGUAAUCAGUAUAUAUUUUCUUUUUUUAGUAAAAGAAUGUACGCAUACAUAAAAUUUCUGGACGGCCCGGUCCAGGGCAACAAGUACAGAGCACCUGCGAACAAAAUCGAUUUCUCUUUUACUGACGCAACAUUUGAUGAAAAUAAAAAAUAUUUUGCUUAUCACAAGGAUGGUAACAAAUGCAAAAGUCAAAUAAUAUUUUUGACUGAUACAGAAAAGGAGCUGGAUCAUCUGAUAAAUGCUAAUAAAAGAGAGAGAAUCGUUCCAAUAAAUAAAUUAGACACUGCUAGCGAAAAAUCAGAUGCUAACGAUGGAAAAAACUGUAUUUCAAAUCCUUCUACACCAUCUCGCAAAGAAAUGUAUGAUAAAUUGAUGUCAAUUAAAAUAGAAAAGCUGGAUAUGUCGAAAACCAAACCGAAGGAUGUAACAUUAGAUAAUGGUGCAGAUGAGUCGAGCACAUUAAAGAAGAAAAUUGACGACACGCCAAAUAAAAAGAAAAAAACCUAGCUUCAUUUGGAAAAAUUAUUGGUAUAAAACCAGAUGAUUUGGAGAACAUUGUUAAUGGUUCUAGCCAAUUGAAUCGUGGACAAGAACUUCAUAUAAAUAAUUUCAACAGUGAAGAAGAAAAGGCGAAAUCAUCCCUUAAAUACAAGGAACGAGUGAUAACUGACAACUCAUUGGACGAUGAAAACAUAUCUAAUAACUCUAACCAGACAGAUGAUAAAGUGGAUGUCGAUGCCCUGCUGGAAAUAUUGGAUUAAAGUCGAUAAAAGUGAAUUGAAAAUUAAUCGACUUUAAUAUACUUUGAUCAAUUUAAUCGAUGUUUCCAAAAAUGUCGAUUAAAAUUUAAUCGAUUUCAAUCGUUUUUCUUGUUUAUCGUCUUCAAUAUCACUAAUGAGUAUUAAUUUUAAUCGAUAUGAAUUGACUUUAGAUGACAAAGAUUUUUAAUGUCUUUUAGUACGAAAAUUUACAGUAAGAAUUAAUCGAACCUUAUCGACUUUAAUCCUUUGAUAGUUUAAUAGAAUUUA